GAGGACCAUUGUCCUUCACCAUUUCCGCCAACUUUAUCAACAAAACCGUGCACGUACGCACGUCUUCCAACUUAACCGAGCUCGAGCUCACACAGCCUCACACACACCCCUCUAGCCGUCAGGAGCGAGCAUGCGGCACACCCCCCUCUGACCGUCGGGAGCGAGCUUGUGGCACACCCCCCUCUGACCGUCGGGACGGAAGUGAGUCCAUUUUUCCCCUCAGUGUGAUAAAAGCGGCUGGAGGAGCUGCAGCCCGUGCAACACGCGCCCAUGAGAGGGCAUACGCUAUGUUUUACGUGUGUGUAUUCGCCUCGUUGCAAACAACAACAACAAGCGAGAAAACGAGGUAACUAGGGGGCCGUCGGAGCUAGCUACUCCGUUUUUUUCUCUCUCUCUGCUGUCUUGUUGAGGGGGGGCGAAACCCUGCGCAUUCCUCCACGCACAGUGCCAGACGGGGGGAAUACUCGCCGACGGCUGGACGGGAACGGAGCCGCAUUCACACAGCGGUGGCUCCGGGGGCUAGACGGCGGGUCCUGCCUCAUGUUUUUGGCUGUUCGGGAGAGCCGCCGUGGCUGUUCUUUGAUAUGACGGUGACCCGGUGCACGCUGCGACCUCCCUGCUUUGAUGAAUAAUUCACGUGCUCUGUCUCCGAGGCUCGCGCUCAGAAUACCGAACGACCGUCGGCCGCGCGUGACGCCUUCUGAACGGACCUCUAAUGGAGGAGACCAGGCCAAGCUGGUUUAACUGGUUUUCCAUAGAGUGGGCAGCAGGAAACACGGGAGCGGCGUGGUUUCUGUGGCUGUAGUCUAGGAGCUGCUGAGUGGCCCUGAAGUCAUGUUGCCUGGUCGGUGGGGGAGGAGAGAUUUAGCUUCCUGGACUUCAACAGCCAUCCAGUUUUAGGGUUAAUUCAACAACGGGGACACUUUUUAUGCACCAACAUUGUCCUUGGUGUGGUGUCAUCUUACUCUCAUUGGAAAACUGGACUCUUAUAAAUUUUGCUCAUUCUUUUUUUUUUUUUUUUUUCUGGGAGAUGAUCUGAAGUUUUUUUUUUAAUAUCUAAAGAACUGUCUAAUUGUGAAAGUUGAUUACCUGCCCCCCUUUUUUGCUUCUAAUUGAACUAUUUAAAUCAAAUUCAAAACUUACUAAUCAGCACAGUGGAACUGACUGUACAUAACUCAAGAAUCUACCUCAAAAGCCACAGUUUCUUCAGUCUAACUGGCUGACAAAUUCUCCGAUGUGCAGGGAAACUAAUUUUUCCCUGCAUGUGUUGUGAGCUGAGCUGUGUUUCUACUGCAGAUGGCUUCUUUCCCCGAUUCUGACCCGCAGACCUGUCCGCUCUGUAAGGAGCUGUGCGGCUCCUCCGCUCCCAUCUCCUCCAACUCUUCUACCUCGUCCUCCUCUUCGCAGACCUCUGUCUCCUCUAACCACGCCACCAAGAAGCUCCACGUCCUGCCCUGCCUGCACACCUUCUGCAGGCAGUGUUUGGAGGGGCAGCGCAGCCCUAGCGACCCUCUGAAGCUGUGUUGCCCCACUUGCGACCAGAAGGUUUCCAUCUCUGAGGCCGGAGUGGACUCCCUGCCUUCCUCCAACUUCCUCUUCAGCAACCUGUUGGACGUGGUGGUGAGCUCGGAAGAUCAGAUGCAGAAUAAGAACGGUCACCAUCACCUCGGGGGCCUGAUCGGGGGCUCGUCCGGGUUCCACCCGUCACACGGGGGCCUGCUGCACGUGCAGCACAUGGGGGAGCCUCAGUGCAGCUCCUGCGACGAGGAGAACCCGGCCACGUCCCACUGCCUCGACUGCGAGGAGUACCUCUGUGACAACUGCGUGCGAGCGCACCAGCGGGUGCGGCUGACCAAAGACCACUACAUCGACCCCCUGGGGGAGAGCCUCCACCUGAGCCGGGUCAACUCCAUCAGCAGCGGCACAGGCCAGCCGGGGGUGUCCGUGUCCCUCGCCCAGUCCUUGCAGAACAACUUUGCACUGCUGUCUCUGUUCCAGGGCCGGAUGAGCUUCUGCCAGCACCAUGACGGCGAGGUGUUCCUGUUCUUCUGCGAAACCUGCUCGGUGCCGAUCUGCAGGGAGUGCAGCGUGGGCCGUCACAUUGGCCACACCUACGUCUACCUGCAGGACGCCGUGCAGGACUGCAGGGCCAUCACCAUCCAGCUGCUGGCAGACGCUCAGCAGGGGCGACAGGCUGUCCAGCAAAGCAUGGAAAAGGUCCAGGCCAUGGCGGAGCAGGUGGAGAUCAAGGCCAAGGUGGUGCAGACCGAAGUGAAGGCUCUCGUUCUGAGACACAAGAAAGCUCUGGAGGAGAGGGAGUGUGAGCUGCUGUGGAAGGUGGACAAGAUCCGUCAGAUGAAGGCCAAGACUCUGUACCUGCAGGUGGAGAAACUCCACCAGAGUCUGACCAAGCUGGACAGUACCAUUGCUGCUGUGAGCCAGAUGCUGGAUGAGGGCCACCACCUGGACGUGCUGCUGGCCAGGGAGAGAAUGCUGACCCAGAUCCAUGAACUCAAGACUCUCAGGGGGCUGAUGCAGCCGCAAGACGACGACCGCAUCAUGUUCACGCCUCCAGACCAGGCUCUGUACAUAGCCAUCCAAUCCAUGGGCCUGAUCAGCAGCAGCGCCUUUGCCCCCGUCACCAAAGUCCACGGCGAAGGUCUGAAAAACGUACUGUGCGGGAAGCCUGCGUCCUUCACCGUCAUCGGAUACGACCACGACGGCGAGCCGUGCAUCUCCGGCGGCGACACCGUGUCGGCCAUGGUGAUGUCUGUCACAGACGGCUCUCUGUCCGCGGUGGAGGUAACGGAUCGCCAGAACGGCUCCUACACCGUCUGCUUCCUGCCAAAAAUGGAGGGGGAGCACCUGGUGUCUGUGUUGGUGUGCCAUCAGCACGUCCAGGGCAGCCCCUUCAAGGUGACGGUCAAGUCCAGACGGAACUACAGGUCCCUCGGCUCCCAGAUGUCGUCUUUCGGAUGUGAGGGGGAGGGGGACGGCCAGCUGUGUCGCCCCUGGGGCAUCAGCGUGGACAGGGAAGGAUAUGUUGUGGUGGCGGAUCGCAGCAACAACCGCAUACAGAUCUUCAAGCCUUGCGGUGCCUUCCACCAUAAGUUUGGGUCCUUGGGUUCUCGGCCUGGUCAGUUUGAUCGUCCAGCCGGGGUUGCCUGUGACAGUCAGAGACGGAUCAUUGUGGCCGAUAAGGACAAUCACCGUGUGCAGGUGUUUACGUUUGAGGGCCAGUUCCUCCUGAAGUUUGGGGAAAAGGGCACCAAGAACGGGCAGUUCAACUAUCCCUGGGACGUGGCCGUCAACUCUGAGGGUAAAAUCUUGGUCUCGGACACCAGAAACCACCGCGUGCAGCUCUUUGCCCCCGAUGGUUCCUUCCUCAACAAGUACGGCUUCGAAGGGACUCUGUGGAAACACUUUGACUCCCCCAGAGGGGUCGCCUUUAACCACGAAGACCACCUCGUCGUGACCGACUUCAACAACCACCGGCUCCUGGUCAUCCGGCCGGACUGCCAGGCGGCUCGCUUCUUGGGCUCUGAGGGCACAAAGGACGGGCAGUUUCUGCGCCCCCAGGGCGUCGCCGUGGACCAAGAGAACCGCAUCAUCGUGGCCGACUCCCGCAACCACAGGAUCCAAGUGUUCGAGGCCAGCGGAAGCUUUUUAUGCAAUUUUGGCUCUCAGGGGAGUGGCUACGGACAGAUGGACCGCCCCUCCGGGGUGGCCGUGAUGCCCGACGGAAUAAUCGUGGUCGUUGACUUUGGUAACAACCGCAUUCUCAAGUUCUAAAAGAAAAAAAUCUUUUUUUUUUUUUUUUUUUUUUUCUCUCCCUCUGUUUGCUCUUUUUGCAGUAACUUUCCACAAUGAAGGAAAUGGAGAGGAGAGAAUCAAUCAACAGAAAGGCGGGGCCGUGCAGAGAGGACUGAGAUUAGGCUAAAGACAUUUUUCACGUUCACUACUACUCACCCAAACAAGUGUCUACUUUAUACAAUGGGGACCUAUCCAAAUGGACUCAUAGCUGUUCUCAGUCCUCUCUGUGCGCCCCGCUUUAAGAUCCAUCUCAGGGAAUUCUUUCACUUCUUGAAAUCUAGUACCUUCUGCUCCAUACCUACCUCAUUUAGCUCUUUAUGAAUGUACUCAUACUGACUGAGCAGAGGUUUUAGUCCGUGAAGUUUUACAAAGAAGAAACGUCUACCUCUAUACUUUAUUUAAGAGACAUAAAAGUAGAUUCUUGGGUUGAUAUUUGCACAGGAUUCAUUGAAUUCUCUCUGUGCAUUUUCAGUAUGAGUAAGCGUGAACCUCCUGAAUGUUGUUGCUGAGACAAUACUCAGACCGCUGUAGAGGGUUCGUGGUUGAUUCUCAUCAGUAGGCUCGGCUCAGAGAAGAAGACAAGGGUCAAGUAGUGUCCUUCCUUGUUUUUAGACUAUUUAGGUGUUCCCCCCCUCCCCUCUUAGACAAGUAGAUUGACCCUUUUCUCUAUUUAGCUUAGUGGAGUUUGUAAUUUCACGAAUGCCGAGCAAGACUGUGAGAAGCAAUGCCAAACUCAAUGGAAUCAAAAUUAGCUCAGGUCAUCGUAAGAACUGGUCCGAACGAUCGGUUCUUUUUUCAGGCUCUCCUAGCUUUACUGACUAAUGCUGAUUUAAUAAAUUUCUUAAUGAGUAGAAAUAGAAAAAAGAUGUAUGAAAAUCAGCUCUAAAAUGAUCCCUGAAAUGAGAUAUCUUUCGAUCAUGAUCCCUAAACUUAUAUCACAAGACUGGGACAAUGUCGCGUUUCCGCCGAAGAAAGAAAAACGAAUAUGCAAAAAAAGCAUGGUCUCCUCCGAACGGGAAGACCCACAGAAUGAUUUAAGAGUUGAAUCCAUAGAGAUCUCAACGUGUUCCUUCGUGUUAUCAUAGAAAUGUAAUUAUAGAAGUGAAAGCUACUUUUUAAAUGAGGCAUGCUGUUUGACAAAAAGCCUUCAGAAGUAGACGCCUGCUAUGGCCGUCCUGAGGACAUUAAUGACAACAGAUUACAAGCCUAAGAUAAUAUAUCAAUCUCUUGGAUUUAGAUUGUGGUUUAAAGCCACGGCCUUUGGCUCCGAGGGCCAAAGAUCUAGUGCAGUCCAAUGAGAGGGCAUCAUCACAAAGCCCGACCCUAUUUAUUUAUCCUUAGAUCUAAGUCAAACAAAAAGAACGCCUUCAGAUUGCGCGUUAGUAGACGGAUUCCUCUAAAGAUGGAGGUCUACAGACCAACUACUAGAGUCAACCAAAGUUAGAAUCUCUGCACAAAGGCCAGCUAUAAAUGUGGCGUUUAACGGAUCUUAAAAUCCCCCUUAAAACUUUUCUUUAAAUAACUUGUUUGAAAAGUCUAACGUUCUUACAACUCGUGGAGUUUAGUUCAUCGCACUGUCUUACGUUAGGCUUUGGAGAAACGGAGUGCUUCGGUCCUAGGUUACCGAGUACUUCCUCUCCCGAAGGCUCUGGCUUUGGGAGCAAGUGUAGAAAGUUUCUGUCUCACAGAGGUGCUCAAAACGGAGAAUACCCCGCACCAAAGAGAAACUCUUAUGUUUAUUGCCUAAGCUCAUUCAGCAAUGCCAUAGUUUUAUCACGAUUAGACUCAGAGUACCACCUCCGAUUAGUCUUCUUUCUACUAACUAACCCCAGUCCCUACAGAUCGAUACAGUUUCUUUAAGGUGCAACCAAUCCCUUCGCCCGUUGGUUUUUGUUUCCCUGGAAGCACUCAACAAUAUCAGGUUCUGUAAGCUAGUUUCUCGUUGAAACAAAAAAAACAAAUACCUCCUCAGACUGACUCUCGCUUCUGAAUUGACGAUUUGUCGGCACAGCUUGGGAGAUUUAGUGUCGGAUAACUUUUACCUCAACGUUCUCACAUCGUUUCUCGUAUACCUCAACUUUCCAAUUACCUCAAGUUUUGUUCCUCAUGGUUACGGUGCAUUUAAAACUUUUGAAUACCUCAAUUUAUUAUUCCUUCUGAAUACCUCAGUUUUUACUCUUUCUUGAAGGAUUUUGUUUUACCUCACCAAUACCUCCUUGUUUGACCGUUCAGCACAAGGACCAAAGAUCAUUGUACUGUUUAGCGUUGAAACAGAAUUUGUAUAAAAACAGCUUUUGUGUCUGCCUGAUCUACUGUAACCUGCCUGGUUAAAUUAUUGCCUUUUUUUCUUUCCUUUUUUUUUAUCAGCAAUAAAACGAAUCGUUCCGAUGCGAGCAUUGUGCCAAAAACAACCUGUGAGAGUUCUGUGCCAAAACAGGAUUGGCAUUUGGAUUGCGAUGUUGUAGAGGAAGUGUCACUGGACCAUUAUAUCAAAAGGUUUAAAAUCAGAACAACUGAGGAUAAAUCCUCCUCCUCUGGUUUGGAUGCAGUGGGCUAACCCUAACCUUGGGCCCCAUUUACCUUUACCUCACACUGACGUUGAACAUACAGGUUUCCAUGUGGAAGAUGUCUCUGUGUUGCCGAGGGACACGGGGUUAAGAGGAAAAAACCAGUCUUAAAGAAUUAACUGCUCAAAAGUGUCGGCCAUUAAACGCACAUGAAUUACCUCAGAUUUCAGCACAAUUUACCAAUCUUAUCAGUGUGGAUUUGUAGGAUGCUUGAUGUUGGUUGAAAUGAGUCUGUAAUCUCGAAUUCAUCCCGUCGGAUUACUCCUAAUGUGUGACAGCAGGCUGGCUCAUCAUUUAAAGGGAUAUUUUUGAUUUUAUUCCAAAGAUUGCUAAUAGGCUAACUCCUUGAAGUUAACUGGGCUUUGAGGCAGUAGUGAUGACUACUCACUACUGUGAUGACUACUUACUAGUCAUCACUAGGCAUACUAUGAUUGUCUUGAGUACAAAUACCAUAGUAUUAAGAUAUUUACCCAAAAUGAGAAAGAACAUGUACGUAGUGUUAUCAAUCUUUUUUCUUUUUUUUUUUUUUGGAUUAAGCAGCAAAACACAUUUAUACAUUUAAAAAUCACUUUUAUGUUACAUUAACUUGGUAACACAACAAACGGCAAUGAGAGGUUUAAUUGGUCAGGCUAUCUGCUCCAUUAGCUGGGCCGCAGUCUGCUGCUUGACAGACUGCGGCCCAGCAGUCUGUCAAGCAGCUGGUAUACCAUAUAGAGUCAACAAAAAUAUUUCAUGGUAUAUUUUCUGGUAUACCAUGAAAAUGUAUCAUAUUUUCAUGGUAUACCAGAAAAUAUGAACCUCUGUGUAUUAACCUCAACAAGCCCACGCCUUGUCACUGCAUUUUCACAGACAUGUUGACACUAAAGUGUUUAAAUCAGGCAGGAGGAUGAGCCAGCCUGAGUCUGCAAAAAUACUGCUGCUUUGAACACAACACCCAUCAUCAACCAAUGAGAUUUUUUUUUCUUUUUUUGCUUUUCAGUAUUACUCUGAGAUGUUCACACAAUGUUGCAUCAGGUUUUUUUUUCUUACAAUUUUUUUUAAAUUAAGAUUGCAGAAUUCUAUCUUUAAGAUCCUUAGGUCUUCACUCUUAAAGAGGAAAAAUGUAUUUUAACCUUUGUUUGUAUUUCGUUUCAUUGCAUGCUUUAAAAGUUCUUGUAUUAUUCUGAUGUCUCCCAGAUAGGUGUUGAAAGGCUCAGAUAGGGUGGGUAGCUGAUUGUUGGGAUUUUUUUGUUUUGUUUUGUUUUAGUUUUUCCAAACAAAAUGUAUACCCAAAGAUGUGUAUAUGUGUGUUUAAAAAGCUUGUUGGUUGGAAUUAACUUUUGACCUUUGCGAUUGUAUUUCCUGUUGGUUUGAGGCUCUGCAGUGCGCAACCUGUUCAGCUAGCGACGCUCCUGUCCCCGAGAGGCUCGAGAGUUUUUGAUCCUUACAUUCUUUACAUUCAUUUGGGGUCAAACAGCCUAUAAUUCAUUUAAAAAGGCAGUAAAAAUUUCCAAAAUGAAUAACAUAUCUCCCCUUUUUAAUUCCAGCUAAGUGUCCCCAACAAAAACCAGCAUUCAUCUCCCCUUCCUAAACAAACGUGGUCAGUUGAUUGCACCCCCAGCAGGAGCUGUAAUGAACUGCGCUCAAUUUUGAAUGCAAGGGCUGCAAAUUUAUAAUUUUUUUUUAAUUCCUCUCUGGCCUCUUAAAAUGUCUCCAGGGAAAGAAGAAUCGCAAAGCUGCACCAGACGAAACAUGCAAGGUCAUAGACCUCCCUUUUUGUUUUAAAUGAUUGUAUAAUCUAGAAAAAAAAAGAAUGGGGGGAAAAAUGGUUUAGGAAAAAUGUAGACAGGAAAAAAAUUAAUAAAAACAAAACUCAGGUUGUUCCCAGCAGCCUCUUGCUGCAGGUGUCUCAUUAAAAAAAAAAAAAAAAAAAAAGUCCCGUAGUGAUAAUGUAGUGACUUCUUCCCUCUUAUGAACUAGUCUAAUUUUUUGUUUUGCGUGUCCAUUUAAACAUUAUGAAAGAAAUUAUUUCUCAAUCUGCUCAAAAAAAUUAUUAGUUUGAUUAGUUUCCUCUGAUUAUUGAUGUUUUUUUUUUCCUUGUCACCUUUCUUUUCUCUGACAAAAAGUACAAAUGCUUCACACCACUCGACUCGUAGGCCCUUUUAGAAUGUAUUUUGUGAAGAAAAGGGAUAAAUGGGUUCUUGUUGACGCUCUCUGCCUGCGCCGGGCCUCUGGGAGAGCUACAGGACGGAGACGAAGGGGCCGUCUGGUGUUGCGAAACAAAUAGUCGUGUUUGUUUCUAAACGAGCUCCGACAUCAGCCAAAAUGCGCUGCCCAGACAGUUUUCUUUUUAUAAUAAUUUUUCCCCCCUCAUGUCCUGCUCUCCCAGAGCCUGCUCGGGUGCGGAGAGAGCUCCGUGUUUGUGCGCUGCAUCUGCAAUAUCUAAGCAGAAAUCCACUGAAUGUAUCUUCUCUCAGUCCAAGAGGCAGGGCGAGUCGGUGUGGCCAGCUGAAUUUAGACGACCAAGGCUGAUUCUUGCUGAUCCAAAGGCCGCUCUGUGUGUGUUCCAGUUUAACCUCUCACCACACACGCAUACACACUCACACACAGAGAUUGGGACAGAAGCCAGGCCUUGAGUCUAGGUAACGCACAGGAGACUAUAUUAUAAUGGCCGCCUUACCGCUCUCUCUCUGUACUCUGUGGACUUUAAACAUUUCCUAUGCAGUUCUUUUGGUUAUUUUCUCUUUUUGGUUUUUUGUUUACGCCUAAAUAAAGUUGUAUUUCUUUGACUU